AUGAGCUCCCUACUCUGUUACGAACAACACUCCGAUUACCUAGAGCGAAUUGGUAUUGAUUCUACGAUGAAGAGAGUGCUGGUGGGAGACAGCAUCCAGUACGAAUUCACUGUGAAGGGGCCGGUGGACGGGAAGGAAGGCAUACAGACGUUGGUUUUCGUCACAAAGGAGGUACUGUGUGAUUUCAAAGUCGACAACGGAACAGGCCGCGCCACCCGCGUUUGGCUGGUCUACGACAAGGAUGGUGGCGAGUCCAUCGAACCCGUCUUGAAGGAUGUAUGGCUGGAACAUGGAACCGUGGUAGAAGGGGAUAGCCACACACAUCUCGCGAAUCUAGUCAAGGUCGACGAGCGCCAGCAUUCUGUGCCAGUGAAACAAUGGUACCGUGAUCAUUUCUUGCACAUGCAUACAGAUGCAUACCCACGAGAAACUCGGACAGAAUGUGCUCGGUGUACGCGGCAAACACAGUUGCAUUCGCCUUCUCCCCGCCUCCAAACCACCCACUAG